AUGGUCCAAGAUGGGCUAAAGGAGGUUCAUGAAAUCAUACAAAAUAUCAGAGAAACGGUGAAAUAUCUGAAAAAAUCCCCUGCAAGAUUACAUAAGUUUGUAGAGGUGGCAAAACAAUUGGGUGUUGCAACUAAAAAAUCACUGUCCAUUGAUGUUUCCACUAGAUGGAACUCAACUUUUAACAUGUUGGAGUCUGCAUUUAUUUAUCGCAAUGUUUUUUCUCACUACGCAGUAAGAGAUAGCAACUACAAAUGGUUGCCUGUUGAUUCAGAAUGGGUGAAAUAUGAGAAAAUCAGAAAAUUUCUUUCAAUUUUCAAUAAUGUUACAAAUAUGAUCUCUGGCACACAAUAUCCUACUGCAAAUAUAUUUUUACCUGCAGUCUCACAUGUUAAGAUGAUUUUGAUUGAAGAGUCAUUGUCAGAAGAUGAUUACAUCAGGAAUAUGGCUAGGAGUAUGCAAGUCAAAUUCAACAAAUAUUGGGGGGAAUGUAAUCUUCUUAUGUCUAUUGCAGCAAUUUUGGAUCCUAGGUUAAAGCUAAAGUUUAUUAGCUACACAUUCCCAAAGAUAUACUCACAAAACGAGGUUGACCAAAAUCUUAACAUAGUUCAAGAUGCCUUGUGGGAAAUAUAUGCAGAUUAUAUUGUUGAUUGUAAUGUUUCCAAUGCGGGAACUUUAUCUGCAGUUGAUACUACGAGUUCCUCAAGUCAUUUUGACGCAAUGUUUGGAUUUCAAGAUUUUGUUGUAGCAUCUGGUUCUGUGGAACCAUCAAAACCUGAUUUACAAGUAUAUCUUGAGGAGGGAUUAUUUAUGUGUUCUAAUAAAAAUUUUGAUGUGCUCGAUUGGUGGAAGUUGAAUACAUUGAAGUAUCCCCAACUUUCUAUUAUGGCUCGAGAUAUUCUAUCAAUAUCUAUAACCACAGUUGCCUCAGAAUCAGCUUUUAGUGCAGGCGGUAGGGUGUUGGAUGAUUACAGAAGUUGUUUAUCUACUAAAACUGUUAACGCAUUGAUUUGUGCAUCUAGUUGGAUUCGAUCUACACAACAAAAUACUAAGACAUUAGCGCAAGAGAUUUUUGAUGAGGAAAAACUUAAUAUUCAGCUUCCAAACAUAUGA